GUCAUCAGACCAGUCUCAUACUCUGCUAGACAAUCCUCAGACUUAGCAGAUGACUCACCAUUAAUAUGUCAUAUCAAGUCACUUACUGUACCUAAAUAUGAAAUGCAGGAUAUGUAUGAUUUCCGAUUUCAGGAACUUGGUAAAAAUUGGGAGAACAUACAGUCAGAACAUGAUGUUGCCAUAGAAGAUGAUGAAACCGACAAUGAAGAAGAGUGGACAAGCUGGACCGAUGACACUGGGGCCAGAGCUGUCUGUCUGUUCUGUUGUCAUGGUGAUACUGACAUGGACCGCCUCCUAGAACACAUGAAGGUGGUUCAUAGGUUUGACCUAAAAACUGUCAGGCAAGCAAAAAGGUUGAACUUUUAUCAACAGGUCAAAUUGAUUAACUACAUCAGGAGACAGAUGCACCAGAACUGCUGCAUUCUCUGCAGUGAAAAGUUUGAAGCUAGAGAAGAUCUGAUUGGACAUUACACACACUCUGGUCAUGUGACUCAGUUCCCAGAAUCCUCAGACUGGGACCAGCCUGAGUAUUUCUUCCCAACUUUUGAAAAGACAACCUACUUUGUGGGCUGGAGGAUGACAGAGAGGAUGAUGGGAAUGAUAGACGGGAUGAUGGGAUAGCUGCUGACAAGGACUGCAACGUUGUGAUAGCAGAAGACACCCAAGUGUCUUUAAACAAAUAGUGUCAUAAAAGUAUAACUGAAUCAAUAUUAACAGAAGGAACUGUUUUACAAGAGCUCAUAAGGUCCUGAGUCUCUCUGCACCUUUGCUAGAAAAGGUGUAAAGAAAAGAAACUUUGGUACUAAUAUGCUAUGCAAAUUUUCAGGGUUUGAGAUGAUGCAUUAACAUGCAUACUUAGAAAUGAUGAUUAUAUGCUUUUUGCAUCCACAUUAAUUAACUCUACAACCCAUACCUUUAGAGAUAGACAAUUUCAAACCCAAAAAGAUGACUUUCCAGAGAAGACUUGUGUAAGUCAGGGGCGGAUUCAGAGUUAUUUCCUGACAGUCUUCCAAAUUAUCU